CCUUGAAGCAAGUCGGCCAAAGACAUUGUAAUAUUUCCCAGAGUUGGGAAAACUGCUUGUAGUUCUUGGUACAGUUGUCAUCAGAUUUAGCACCCACCUGUUUGCUGCUCGUAGGCAUCCUGCUUUGGGUUCUCUGCAGUUUUGCCCUCUUUACAAUUUAUGAGAACUCCUUUGUAAUAAAAUGUGAUGAUUGUUUAUCUCGGGAAAGCGCUUUGUGGUGUCGGGAGGCCGUGCAACGCCGUGCUGGUGGUGGAGCAGCGUGUUGGCUGGCGUGCGAAGGGGACAUGGUCGUCAAAGGGGACACCAGUCCUCUGCUUCCUCAGGAAGGUGGUGGCAGGGCUGAGCCCAGUGCUGGGCUCACCCUAAAACCUCUGCGCCACGAGUUCUGCUUUGGACUGUGUGAGAGAAAGCGUGAGAGUUUUGCUCAUAAGGUUGCUGUGUCGGGGGGCAUGGGUAUUGCCUCUGAAAUGUCUUCAAAGCGCUUUUUGCAGUUACUUGGGCCAGCACUUGGGCUUGGGCUAUUUGAUUAACAAAAUGAAGCCUGCAAAGCUGCACUACUGGAUUCUGGGUUGGUGUUCUAUGGCAUUAUGUUGUUGGUGUACUUCAGAUAAAUUCACUCAAAGUGACAACCAUCCUCAUAGCUGGAAAAAGCUGUAUCUUGCUCAUCAUUGGCCAGUGACUGUAUGUAAGAUGAGUGCUAAUGAUUGUCAAGACCCGCCGGAGUACUGGACAAUCCAUGGACUAUGGCCUGACAAAACUGAAGAGUGUAAUAGGACAUGGCAUUUCAAUGUCACAGAGAUUAAGGAUCUUCUGUCAGACAUGAGACACUAUUGGCCUGAUGUGCUUCAUUCGUCUCUGAAUCGCACCCAGUUCUGGAAGCAUGAGUGGGAGAAACAUGGCACUUGUGCAGCCACGCUUCCAAUCCUUAAUUCUCAGAAAAAAUACUUUAGUAAAGCCUUAGAACUCUACCAGCACAUUGAUCUUAACAGUUGUCUCCUGAAAGCUGGGAUAAAGCCAAGCAGUUCGUAUUACCAGAUGACUGCCAUAAAGGAAACUCUUACGAAGUUUUACGGUGUAACACCAAAGAUCCAGUGUCUUCCUCCUGAAGAGGGUGAAAAAGCACAAACAAUUGGUCAGAUUGAAUUCUGCUUCACCAAAGAACUGCAGCUGAGAAACUGCACGGCACUGGAGGGUGAAUCUGACCCAGUGCAGGCUGACUUGAAGCUUGGAACUGAGGAAUUGUCUGUCUGCAGUGACUCUCUCCCAACCUAUUAUCCUUCACAGGUCCAAGAUCACAAAUGAAGCCGUAAGAGUUUGAAAAAGUUUUUAAGGAGCAACAAAACCCAAACCCUUAAACAUUGUAUCUUGGAAAGUGGCCUUGACUUAGCAAUAUUCCAAAGCCCUGUCCAGAUUGCAGGCAUGCUGGGAAGAUUUCUGCUGGAAAACAUACUACUUUCGCCAUUAAAGGAGAAUGGUCCACAUUGUAUUAUCAGUUACACAGGCUAAAGUAUUGAAUUGUUGCUUGGAUAUUGAUGGGAUCAGAAUCUGAUGUACAGCUUUGCCUGGACUUUUUGGUUUGCUCAUGUUUAGAAUCAAUGUUCAAAAGAGAACUGUGACUUCUUAGUUAAAUCUGCCACUUCUUGGUUUCUGCCAGUGAGUUGGGGAAUUUAAGUCGUUCUUUGUUUUGAAAGAAUGCUUGUCUUUCUGAGAUUAGAUGACAAUUUCUUGAGAAGAAAGUAAUGUAAACAAAAAGAACUUGGAGACCUGUCAGAAGAUCCUUUCCCAGACAUAAUACCCACUGCCUUGUGUAAGUUUCCUCUCCAGAAGUGCUGAACAGGGGCCAGGUCCUCUGAGGCAUUAAACCUUUCAUCACUCAGGAGAUCAUGGUGGACCAAAGAUGACAGCUUAUGCAUAACUACAUAGUGGAUGAAGUAACAUUCAUCAGGUUAUAGCAUUUCUGCGUCAAGGUCCUCAGGAAGACUAUUUGUAGCCUUACCUAUUCUUUGAUUGAUUUUGCUACGGUAGCUUGAUACAGUCUUGAAGAACAGCCGAUCUUAGAACUUAACUUGCUAGUGUAGGAAAAUGUUAGGCCCUAGAAGUAUGUUGUUAUUAAUUUUUCAUUGUAUUUGAACAUUUAGCAUUACCACAGAAGUGUGAGUGCCUGCACUUUUAUUUAAAAAUGAUUGUCACGUAAUCACUUUGUUCCAAGAAACAGCUUUUUAUAGGUGAAACAGCAGAUACCACAGGAUUUUCAGUGAGAAGUACAAAUGUUAGCAAUAGUGCAUCUCCACCCCAUAAUAAUAACAUGCCACAAAGUUGCACGUUUCCAAAGGGGACAAAAUUUGGGAGUAACCCUGUACUUUUUUAAACUUUCUCUUCAUCUCUUUCAGAUAGUACUUAGAAAGUACAUAGGUUUUGAGCGGACUAAAUAGAGUGCAAACAACUUAAAAUGGACAUUAGUUUACAAUUCACAUAAGUUGAUUUUUUUAAAAAGAAGCAAGACUCACCUUUUCCUCAAAACUGUGCUAUUUUUUUAAUGGUUUGGAUUUUUUUUAUCCUUGGAAGUCCUUUGUUCUUCUUUUCCUUUCAAGGUUCUCGGGGUGCAAUGCCAUAUCCUUGCUUGUUAAGCUAAUUAGCAGUGAGGGAACUGGAAACCUAGGCUGGUAACUACCAUCGACCAUCUCAUAAACAUCUUGCUGAGUGCUUUUCAGUCACCAGUUCAGUUAUGAACACAGUCCUUAAUUAAAACAAUAGACUUCUCAAAAUCUCACUAUAAAUAUUGCCACCUUGGAUGAGCAGGUACAGUAUAAAAAAAUCCCACGAAAUCCUCAGCAACAUGCUCUGCUGCUGCCAAGUGAGUGAUUGUUGGGUUUGCCUAUUUUUCUGCAAUUUUAAUUCCUUGGUCCUCUUCACGUUAGAAGAAAAGCUGAAACUUGGAAGCAAUGGUGGCAUUGGUUCUUGCACAGACACAUGCUUAAUGGAAGCUCAAAUCAAUUGCCUAAUUUUUUAUUUUUAAUUGCAGUAUAAAUUAUAUAUUUUUUUUAUGAACCACAUAAUGCUUAGGGAGACAAAAUAUACAUUAUGAGUUCUCUGCAGUUCAAAUGUAAUGCAUUAAUUUAAGGAAAGCCAACAACUGCAAAUAGGUACUUCGCACGGAAGUGACAACAGACACUUAACAACAUCCACAAUGUGAGGCUCAAAGUAAACCUGAUUCUUGCCAAAUAGUCAGUGGAUACAGACAAGAGUUAGAAAUGACCAGCCUCUGCAGUAAGUAGAUCAUAUAGCUUCCAUGUGGUUUUGAACUUCAUUUUCAAAUGCAAGAAAUGCGAGGGACCUGCUAAGUUUUAAAACUUUGAGGAGAAACUAGUAUAAUCUGAAAUGAGAAAGGGAGAGGAAGGGAGGGAGAUGGCAAACGCAGCAGCAUGCUAAACAACAACCUGCAACUGAGUAAAACAGGUCUGAUGUUAAGUCAAGGUUGGCUAAAAAUAACCUCACAGACUCUGAAGUUCUGUUUAAAGGACAUACCUGAGGUACUGCAUUAACAAAACCACACACGUUCUUUUAAUUGUACCAAUGUUAUUAAACAUUAGAUUUUGUAAUUUGCUAUGAUUAAUUUAUUAGUAGUAGUAAUAAAACACUGUGUAUGACUGCCA